AUGCUAAGUGUGAGGAUCACACAGCUGCAAAGAGGUCUCUACCAGGCUCAGGAGCUGGAGCCUGAGGGGGGACAGGUCCCCGAUCUCUGGUGCGGAGGCCCCUCCUCGGCCGUGUGUGGAGGGCUGGGCGGUCUGCAGGAGCAGUAUCGGGCGGGAACACGGCUGGUCCGAGAGCACUUCCCGGAAACCGGACGCCUGUCGUGGCCUUCGGAAGACGCUCCAGGGACGUGUGGCGGUCUUUGCCCCGUGUCUGGGUGGCAGGGCAGCCCAGGAGGCCUCAUCCCUCCGCCCGGACGCCUCGGUCCUCUGCUGACGCCUGGAGCUCGGAUGACUGUGCCACGCUCAGGUCAAGAAGUAGCGCUGAGACGGGAGUGUUUGCCUGAGGCCAGCGUUCCUCGUGGUGAGCCCAGCCGGGACCCCCAGGAGGCCCGCGCUGUGGGACACCGGUCCACCCUGGCCUCGGUGUGGUGACUGUCCCCCACAGCUGACUGUGCACACCCCUCCGGCCAUCCUGGUGCUGCGAAGUAAGGAGCCACGGCGGGAGGAUUGUAACGGGGAGGGAUGUGGUCAGAGCUGUGUCUGUGAUGCCCUGUGACCUCAGCCGUCAGGGAGGACCCUUGGUCACCCUCUCCUCAACCCCUGUCCUCAGAGGCGGGCCGGCUCUGUCCUCGGGGACUUCCUGGUCCUGACUGCCGGUGGGGAGUUCAGGCAGAGACAGUGGGACGGGACCCUGAGGCCCUCUCACGCAGAGUCCCUUCUGGGGCUUCGAGGAGAGACAGGACAGUUGUGACCACAGGCCAGCCACGUGUUGGGGUGUUCCUGGCUUCCCGUCCUGGCGGCUGCACCUCAGUCUCAUCCUCUGGGUGGACAGCCCGGAGUGGGCACUGGAGUCCUCAUCCCUGCUGAGGGCCCUGGCACUGACUUCAUACCCCUCGGGGUUGUUCGGGGAGCAGCCUCUGCGCUGUUUAUUGGGCCUGGGCAUGAGACCCCCGCUGCUGUAGGGAGCGAGGCCAAGCCGGGGUGAGCCAGGGGGCGGGCCCUUCCCCUGCCCAGGGCCCACUGGGGUCAGUGAUCCUGGCUUCCCCAUGGCACAGAGCAGCCUGGUGGCUGCCUGGAGGAGGCAGCCUGCUCAGAAGGGGCAUGGGGGGAGGUGAGGGGCGUCUGACGGCUCGGCGCCCUUGUACAGCAGUACCAGUUACAAGGUGGAGGUGUCACCAAGCAGGAAGCAGCAUGACCUGUCCUCUGCCCUGCCACCUCGUCGGUGUGACUUUGAGACAGUCACGUGACCUGUGUGGGCCUCAGGCUCAGGCGCCAGGGCCUGUGUCUGCAGCUCCAGCCCAGACACCCUUCCCUGAGAGCCAGGUUCGCUUCUGGAAGGAGGGAACAUUCUAGAGCCUUUCCCCAGGGGGAAAGCCCCGGUUACCCUGAUGGCAGGACCAGGCUCCAGGGGAGGGAGUGCACCCCCCCCAGGUCCAGUGGGUGGAGGCAGGAUCGGGGGUGGCUGUGCUGUGAGAUAGGGGCGCGGUGGGCACUGUGGCCGCUUUGGGCACAGGUUGAUCUCUAACAGAUGCCAGCCUUCCUCCCAGCGUCUCCAGCGCAGGUCGCCUGGGGACACCACGGCCUCUCCUGUCCAGAUGGGAGCGGCCCUGCCGCCUGUGAGCCUCUCCUGAGAGCCCCGCGGCCCUCUUGGCUCCACCACGUCCCUGCUCCCUCUCCUCCCUCCUUCCCUCCCCGCCCUGGUCAGCGGUCUCCUGCAGGGCAGCUCCCUGGGCACACAGGCCCCUGCUGACCCGCCUGCCAGGGCCCCGGGCCCUCAGCCUCCAGCUCCACCCCGAGCUCCUGCCCCCACCGCCGCCUCCAGGAAGCACCUCCGGGAGCCACCAAGUCCGUCCAGCCCAGGCGCCAAGACUGACUGACGGCCCUUUGGGGUGAGGUAGUAGGUUGUAUAGUUUGGGGCUCUGCCCUGCUAUGGGAUAACUAUACAAUCUACUGUCUUUCCUGAAGUGGCUGUAAUAUCGACAGCGGCCAGCA